AUGCAGUUUCUUGCUACCAUUGUUACGGGUCCCCAACAUUCCAUCUUUGGGGCCUAUUCAAUCCCUCCCUUCAGGUUCCAGCCUCGCAAUAGGAGCAUGGACUGGAGGCGCAUGAGUGUCCUAGAUGUGGACCGUGUGAUACAAGAGCUGGAUGUGGCCACCCUGCAGGAGAACCUCACUGACAUCACCUUCUGCACCUUGGAUGGGGAGGUAUGCAGCCACUGUUCACAGCCUUUGGACCAGGCACUGCUCAAUGUGCUGCGCCUAGCACAGCUCACCAUCGAGUACCUGAUGCACUGCCAGGACUUCCUGAUGACCAGAGUUACCCUGCUGGAGCUGCACCUGCAAGGCAGCCUGAGCCAGCAGUCACAGAGUCAGCAGGAGCUGGACUGCCAGGCUGAAGAGCUCAGGGGUUUGCGAGAGGGGAGGCACCAGCAACACAAGAUGACCAAAGACUUGCAGCAGCUUCUCCAGCGGUCAGGUGGCCAGAGCUACUACAUGUGCCAUCUGUGUGAGAAGACCUUCCUGAGUGCCUCCUAUCUUUGGAGCCACCUGCAACGCAAGCAUGAGAAGAAACAGAAGCAGGAAGAGUCUAUGGAGGAGAUGGUACGAGACCUGCGGGCCCAGCUGACAUCAACUCAAGAGGAGCUGACAGCCCUGUUGAAGAAGCAGAGGCAGCUGCAGGAAGCAAAGACCACCUGUCAGAGGGAAAGAGAUGCUAAAGCCAUGUUUGAGGAGUGGAAAGAAGAGCUAUAUGAGGAAAUAGACCAACAAAAAAAAGUAUUUUGGGAUGAGCUGAAAAGUUCUGUCCUCCCUAACUCUCCGUUAGAAGAGAAACCAGCAGCCCCGCAGUCCUGCAGUACUAUGUGCUCCAACCUCGGGUCUCUGCAGGAUGCAGAGUGCAAGGAACUGCUCAGGCAGACACAGGAGCUUGAGGCCCUGAGAAUUCUCAAGGAGAUGAAAAUUCAGAGGAUAUUUCAUGAAUUGGAAAAAGAGCUGGCAGCUAACAACAAAGAGCUCCAGAAGGAAAAUGAGAGGCUGCAUGACAUACUUCGUCAACUGAACGUAACAGCUUCUCAAUCCGAGCAGCACACUAUGUUCCCCAGCACCCAGAUGCAACAACAAACGAGGCUCAUUACCUCACAGGAGAUGACCCAGAACUCACUGCACAGGAAGCUGAAGGGGAGCGCUAAGGGCCCGAAGGCUGUGAAUAUGGACAAGGAUUCUUUCAUAGAAGAGUCAGAGGAUUCCCAAGAUGAACAGCAGAAGGUGCUGGAGGCUCAGGGGCAGAGCAUCAGCUUACUGAAGAUGUUUGGGCAAACCCCCGGGAAUGACCUGCAAGAGAGUCAGGGAAGCAGAAGAAGAAAGAGAGAUGCAAAGGAAGUCCCCACAAGGACUUUCAGACACUUCAUGAAGGUCAGGGAAGAGAAGAAGGAGGGGAAGUUUUCUGAGUGGUGCAGCAAGACUUCAGAGAGAGCAGCUCGUUGGUUUUCAGGCUCUCGAAAGAGGGCCAGGCAGCACUGGUAGAAGGCCCACAGCCUGG